AUGGUAGCAUUCAGUGUACUGGCACUUUUCGCUGGUGUUGUAACAACAGCAGCUGCAUCAAGUAUAAAGAAUCUCGUAGUAUUUGGCGACUCAAAUUCGGAUGUUGGAAACAGCCAGCGUUGGUCAAAUGGACCUGUAUGGAGCGAAUACCUGGCAGUUGGAUGGAACGCAUCAUUGUAUAGUUUUGCUUAUAGUGGAUCUGUGUGCGAUACUGGCAUGUACAACUCGAUUGCCAAGGAAGACAGAGUGCCAAGUCUCAGAGAUCAACUGGAAGCCUACUACAAUCUCAACUUGAAUCUGAAACCUGAGGAAACUGUGUAUGCCUUCUGGUUUGGCGUACAAGAUGUAUUUGAAAUGUCCAAAAGACACGGUCGUCAAGAACCUGAUUAUAAGGCUAUCACAGACUGUAUUGGACAACAACUGAGAGCAUCUCGUAAGGUAUUCUUGUCUGACAGAUACCUCGUAUUGAAUGUGCCUCCUUUGGGACAAAUGCCAUACUAUCAAGAGAGCAAUGUUGCUGCAAAUAGAAGUCAAGCAUCUGUUGAUAUCAACCGUGCUUUGGAGAAGGAUGUGGGCAAUCUUAACAAGCAUCAUCAUGCUUUAGAGAUGGACUAUGUGGAUAUUCAUUCGCUGGUCAGUGAUAUAUCAGUCGAUCCCACUGUGUUUGCUUUCCAAAAUCCCAAUGCUUCCUACUUGGAUACGUGCUAUGAUAACGCCCAAUGCAAGCUAAAAGAGUCGGAUUACAUUUGGUGGGACAAGACUCAUUUCACGACAGCAUUCCACAAAUCGAUUGCCAAGAGCAUUAUUGAAGCCGAAUCAUAUACACCCAAAGUGACACUUACAAAAGAGAUUGAAAAGCAGUUAGACGACCCCAAGUCCCAAUUCCACAGCAAGACCUAUGCAGCACCUCCCUUCAAGGGCCUCAUGGAUGACAAGGCCAAGCAGUACGAUCUUGAGAAAUCACAGACUACGAUAGAGCCACAACAACCCCCAUUGGAAGACGAUAGAGCCGAUUUUGAGACAAAGGAUGCUACAUUGGUGCCAUCCAAAGAGAAUGGUCAUGCCUUUGUCGGAUUGUUCGUUUUUGUGCUCGUGAUUGUUGGUAUAAUUGUCUGGAUCAAAUUCCCCACUUGCUCUUUGUUUGCUUGGGUCAGAGCCAAGUUUGCUGCUGUGAGUGGAGGCAGAGAUCGCGGUAAAUUCACACCUGUUAGAAAUGAAGAUGAAGCCUAA